AUGUCGACUUUAGUUGAUUCCGUUCUGAAUUCAGACCCCUUUGGCGCAACUCCAUCUUCACAACGACGCGCUCAGAACGAUAUCCCUUCCUCGUCUCGACCGCGUCCAAUCCCCUCUGAAAGCAAUGGGAUACCUUCGGAAGCCGACAUCUUUCCAGAUGACGAGAUCGUGGGCACAGCUCGUGGCAGGAACCGCAAUCCGUUAGAUCGAAAUGUAUCACAAGUGGCAGAUCGCGCAGGAGAGAGAGUACAACAGGCCUUUGAAGAUUUCCUCGAGUCGCACACUGAAGAGCCGCCGUCAUCGGCAAUACCUCCAUCGAGUGAACUGAAAACGGACAAAUACUACGUCAAUCAAAUUCAUGGCCUGCGGGAGUUUCAAUUAUCGACUCUUUACGUGGAUUACCGACAUCUGCUGGCCUACAAAGAAGGCCCCAUUCUGGCAGAUGCAAUCGCAAAUCAAUAUUAUCGAUUCCUCCCGUUCUUGAUCAAGGGGUUGCACAACCUCCUGUCAAAGUAUGAACCAGUCUAUUUCAAGGAGCAUCGUCAAAUGACAAGCAACGCUUCUCAGACGGGUACCUCGAUGGCCGGAAAUGCAACAAGUGAAACAAGCAGUCAGGGCGAUAAGACUUUAAAUCAACAAACCGACAAACUCUUCACACUUGCGUUCUACAACCUUCCUCUCGUGUCUCGAGUGCGGCAAUUACGCACAGAUCAAAUAGGCAAACUACUAUCCAUCUCCGGCACUGUCACGAGAACAUCUGAAGUACGCCCCGAGCUCGCUCUGGGUACAUUCAUCUGCGAGGCAUGCAAUACAACUGUCCCCAAUGUCGAACAAACGUUCAGAUACACAGAACCCAAUGUUUGUCCCAAUUUGACCUGUGGCAAUAAGCUGGCCUGGCGAUUGGACAUCCAAAAGAGCACAUUUGUCGACUGGCAAAGAUGUCGUAUUCAGGAAAACAGCUCGGAGAUUCCUACCGGAAGCAUGCCUCGCACAAUCGACGUUGUGCUCCGGGGGGAGCAAGUGGAGCGAACAAAGCCCGGUGAGAAACGUGUAUUCACUGGUACUUUAAUCGUGGUUCCAGAUGUGUCUCAGCUGGGCAUCCCAGGUGUUCGACCAGAAGCAUCAAAGGACAACAGAAAUUUCCGAGGUGCAGAUGCCGGCGGAUCUGGCGUGACAGGAUUGAAAGCUUUGGGUGUUCGAGAUUUGACUUACCGAAUGGCAUUUUUGGCUUGCUUCUCCUGCCCUGACACAACCACUCCGGUCCAAGCAGCAAACCAAUUGAAUGGCCAAUCAAUGAACAUCCUCAACUCUCUACACCAGACGGAUCUCUUCGACCUGAAUGAUAGUGGAGAACGAGCUCAAGAAGCUUACCUCGAAACGCUCACACCUGCUGAGAUCGAUGACCUGAAAUACAUGGUCCACUCCGACAAGAUUUUCGGCAAACUUGUCCAAAGUCUGGCGCCGAUGGUUUACGGUCACGAAAUUGUCAAAAAGGGCCUCUUGUUGCAAUUACUCGGAGGAGUCUCAAAAAUAACACCAGAGGGAAUGCCAUUGCGGGGCGACAUCAACAUCUGCAUUGUGGGAGAUCCGUCAACCUCCAAGUCACAGUUCCUCAAAUACAUUGCCUCAUUCUUGCCUCGAGCUGUCUACACCUCCGGAAAGGCGUCGAGCGCUGCAGGCCUGACCGCGGCGGUCGUCAAAGAUGAAGAAACAGGAGAACACACCAUCGAAGCCGGUGCUCUCAUGUUAUCGGACUCUGGAACCUGCUGUAUCGACGAAUUCGAUAAGAUGGACAUCAGUGACCAAGUCGCCAUCCACGAAGCAAUGGAACAGCAAACCAUCUCAAUUGCUAAAGCUGGUAUUCACGCCACCUUGAAUGCGCGCACCAGUAUCCUCGCCGCGGCCAAUCCCAUCGGCGGAAGAUACGACCGCAAAGCCACACUGAAAUCAAACAUCAACAUGUCUGCGCCGAUCAUGUCCCGCUUCGACCUGUUCUUCGUCAUCCUGGAUGAAUGUAACGAGAAUAUCGAUCGCCAUUUGGCCGAACACAUCGUCAACCUGCACAUGCUAAAGGACGACUUUGUGCAACCAGAGUUCUCAACAGAGCAGUUACAACGGUACAUCCGAUUCGCACGCAUGUUCAAACCUAUGUUCACGCCCGCAGCCAAGACUCUGCUGGUCGAGAAGUACAAGGAACUCCGCGCCAAUGAUUCAGGUGGUCUAGGAAGACACAGCUAUCGCAUCACAGUCCGACAGCUGGAGUCGCUGAUCCGGCUGAGCGAGGCAAUUGCCAAAGCAAACUGCGUUGAAGAGAUCAAGGAAGAUUUUGUCCUCGAGGCAUUCGAUCUGCUUCGUCAAUCAAUCAUCAGUGUGGAAAAGGAUGAUGUCGAAGUUGACGAUGACGAAGAUGAAUCCCCUCGGGAGCGAGACGGCGACAGUCCCAUGGGUGGCGACGAUAAUGAUGAUGGAGACCAUGCCGGAGCUGGAUCUCGUGCAGAGGGCACACCUGCGGCCACGCCGCGUCCACGCACAAAAAUCACAUUCGAGAAAUACCAUGAAAUACAGAACAUGUUGGCGGGGCGGAUCCGAGACGUGGAGGACCGCACCGGUGAAGGACCUGAGCACGAGGAGCUUUUGCUCUGGUACCUAGAGCAAAUUGAAGAGAGGCUCGAUGGCGAGGAAGAUUUCAACGCGGAGCGCUCGUUGGCGAAGAAAGUGCUGAAGAGGAUGAUUAGAACCGAUGUGAUCAUACCGGUCCGCGGCGAAGGUCUCGUUGAAGACAAUGACGACAAUAAUGCUGGUCAAUCUACUACAACCCCGAGGCUGACGUACGCUCUACAUCCUAAUUGCGGCAUCUUUGAUGAUAAAUAA